CAUCGUUUCACUAUCUUACCAGCUAUCAAUUUGCACUAUUGCUUAGUGAUUAGCUUGACCCGACGGCUCAGCAGACGGCUAAUCUUUGGAAGGACAUGCAAACUCCAAAGAGAGUGGGGAGGAACGAAGCUAUUCACAAGUCUGACCUCUGACGAGCAAGUGCACCUAUCCAUCACUUACUUUGUCCAGUCGGAGCUCGUGUUUCAACAUCGAUUACAACAACACUAAAACACUCUUACAUGUCCACCACUUGAGAGAACCGUCAAAAUCCUCCCAAUUCUUCACCACCUCCCUCAACAAUGGCCUACCAACCGACUUGUCCCACGGCUGCCGUCCAACGGCCUCAGACGAGCACCGGCCCCGGUAACGACAGCCCACUGCCACCAGUCCCCUCAAAGGACAUCAACAGAAGCAAACACAAGAUGUCCUUCUCCGAACACAAGGCCCAGCAGGUACCAGGUUCCACCAGUUCGGACUGCGAUACCGUCAAAAUACGGCCCUCGAAAGUCACUCCUAUCGGGGACAAUGAAAAUGGCAACAUCAACACAAACCAGGACCAGGACCAGGACCAGGAUCAGAAUAUUAACCGGAUCAUGCGAGACAUCAAGCGACCACCUCCCGGAGACGUUACCGUCGCGACUGGGCCCAAGCAUUCAGAGCAGAAACUGUCGAGUUCAUCAUGCUCAUUCUCAAAGCAGACAUCAGUGGCGGAACUCAACAGGCAAAAGAGUACUCUCAACUUUUGGGAGAGCGCUUUUUCUGUUAACGAGGUUAGUCCGGCCAAGGAGCGGAUACGCGGUGAUGCCCUGGUUAUGGCGGAGGUUAAGACGAAUGUGAUUAUAAGCGACGAGUUCACAUUCAUAACGGAGCUUACAUAUCACCUCUCCUCCCGGUACAAGCGCCCAGUGUCCUCUAUCGUCGUCACCCUCCACCACGGCGCCUGCAUGUUAUUCGGCGGUACAUUUGACCCGGCGUAUGUGGUUUCCGUUUCGACCUUACCGAGCCAUCUGCAGUCGACCACGAAUAAGCGGAAUGCGGCGCUGAUUCAGAAGCAUAUGGAGGAGGCGAUCGGGGUAAGUCCGGCGAGGGGACUGUUGAAGUUCAUCCCUGUGGCGGAGGAUUGUUUGGCGAACGGCGGGAUGACGGUGAGUGGGGAGAUGGAGAUGGCUGAGAAAGGGGUUGUUUUCGGGAGCGCUGGUAGCGACGGAGUGCCAUUGUCCAAAACCAUUACACCAGGAGCAGGUGCUGAAGAGAGUGGGAGUAUUUUGUUGUCGAAGAAGUCAAGGGGAAGGUUGAAGCUUGAUGUGAAGAAAUCCCUAGCCAAUUUCAGACAAGCAACCACCGCCCCCGAACCAGAGCCAGCAGACCUCUGUCGUACUCAACAAACUCAAACCAAAGCUCAAACCCGUAGCCACGACAGCCAUCGUCAACGACAUGGACAACUCACACCACCAACCAGCGCAGAGGAUUCUCUUCUCCCGGUUCCCGAACGAUUGAGCUCCCACUGCUCACCACAACGAAGUGGGGGGAAUUUACCAACGACAGACACGCAGGGGAACUUUGGCUAUCCUUCGGCUCCUACUACUAGUAGGCUUGCCAAAGCUAACAACCCAGAUCCUCAACAGCAGCAUCAACAGCCGAAGAAACGGAAAAGCUUUGUUUCUACCAUCUUCAGUAGGCCUGGCUCGAGAGCUGAGCGGCGCGAGGAUGGUCGAAACACGGUGUUGCCUACGAUCAUGUCGGAGCGGAGUUUAUGAGCGAGGGAGGUGUUCGAUGGUGGUACUAGUGAGGCGCCGAAUAUGGGCGAGUGAGCUGGUGGCCGCGAGUGCAGAGUUGAUGAGAGAGUCUGUUGACAGUCUUGUAUAGUUGUUCAUUGGGUGGGUUUGGUGGAUGAUUAUGAUUACUGGUAUUAUUGGAAUAAAUUGGCAUGAAGACGCAGGCAA